AUGUAUAGAAUUGUUUCUAUCCUAUCCAUUGAUAUGUCACUCCUAAGUCAACUUACGACUAAAACACCUUCUUCUGGAACACAGAAGGCACUUCUACUCAAUUUAGAGACUAAAGAAGAGUCAAUCCACUACUUUGUAUCUGAAUCAAAGAUGCUUGGAAUUGGAACAACCUUGAUUCUUCAUUCCAAUUCAAGGAUUCUUUAUAAAAAUGACUACAAAAUAUCGCACCAGGAGGAAUACAACCACAAUACCAAAUUCAUUACCAGAUUACUAACUCAGACCGAUGACUAA